GACCGGUACCUAACGUGUUUUUAAACAAGUCGUUUCAUUCGGCUUCGCGUGUAUCGCGAAGUAAAUGAUUUAUGUAUUUGGAAUUUUUCAUUUUGAAAUAUAAAACAGAUUUAGUUUAUAAAAUAAUAUAUAUUAGGUAUUUAAAUUAUCUUUAAUGCAUGUCUUUGUGGUAUAUCUCCCUCGCUAGUAUUUGAAAACACCUACAAAAUGCUCUUCUCAAAAUAUAGUUAUCGUGGCCUGUUGUUAUAUUCGUUGUAAAAUAAAAAAAUCAAUACAUAUCUUUAAGGGAAAGGGUAGGUAUGAUGUUUACUGGUAAAGUUGUUCUGAUCACCGGCGCAAGCUCAGGUAUUGGCGCCGAAACUGCUACUGAAUUUUCAAAAUUGGGGGCGAACGUUGUGAUAACCGGAAGGAACCGAGAUGCACUGAGCAACGUAGCAAAGCUGUGUGAAGAAAUUUCUCCUACGAAAUCGAAGGCUCUCUCUAUUAUUGCCGAUAUGAACAAUGAAAAUGCUAUAGAAAAUAUAAUAAAAACUACUAUUGAUCAUUUUCAUAAGCUUGACGUAUUGGUGAAUAAUGCGGGUGUUUUGGAAUCAGGGACAAUCGAAACCACAACUUUAGACCAGUACGAUAGAGUUAUGAAUGUGAAUGUUCGAGGUCCUUAUUAUUUAACUAUGUUAGCAGUACCACACCUCACACAAAGCAAAGGCAGUAUUGUAAAUGUUUCCAGCGUUACUGGAAUGAGAUCUUUUCCUAAUGUCCUUGCUUAUUGUAUGUCUAAGUCAGCUUUGGAUCAAUUUACUAGAUGUGUAGCUCUUGAACUUGCACCGAAGGGAGUUCGUGUUAAUGCUGUUAAUCCAGGCGUAAUAACGACCGGUUUACAUAAAAAAGAUGGAAUGAAUGAAGUCCAAUACGAAGCAUUUCUAAAAAAAUGUGCUGACACCCAUGCUAUAGGAAGGCCAGGCUAUGCAAGAGAAGUUAGUUCUGUUAUUGUAUUCUUGGCUAGUGACGGCGCAAGCAAUAUUACUGGGGCUACCUUGCCUGUAGACGGUGGUCGACAUGCAAUGUGCCCACGAUAAAUGUUUUGUAUCUUCAAUACGUGAUGUGAAUACUAAUUAAGGAUAUUUUUUUUAUAAAAAAGUUUAAUGAUUAUUGAAUAAAAGCUGUUAUAUCUUUAUCAAAUGACUUUAAUUUUAUCUACUAAAAAUUUACAAAUA